AUGUUUGCUUACUUUCGACAUUUUAAACAGGGAUCUUUACUACCAAAGACACCGGUUGGAAUUCUGCGAAAGACCCCAACCUCCGGCCUAAACAAUGGGGAUCAGGUAGUCGCAGUGAAGAGACGUCCCGGUUCCACACCGAAAUCUGUAAAAAUUGAUGAAUCUUCGUUGCACACAAACGCUCUUGGGAACGGUGGAAAAUCCAACGGCGGAGGUCGUAUUGCAACUACAAAGGUCCUAGAGAAUCAAAUCAUCGAAUGCCUGCGGUUGGAAAGGAUAGAUCUGACCAAACCUCCCUACUCAGACGAGAUCAUCGUUCCCAAACUCCCAGGCAAGGCUUGGAAGCGACAACUUCCUUUCCGGGCCGAUGACGGUCUCUUCGACAGUGAGUUUAUCGACGAACGACGGAAGGGUCUGGAGAGUUUCAUCAAUAAUGUUCCCAUGUCAAUUUCGUGUCUUUGUACUAUUUGGGGUUGA